CUCACCUCCCACAGUGUCCCCUCCAAGGCUUGCUCGCUGAGAAGCCUGAGGCGCACCAGAGGGAACCACGUCGAUCUCGGGAGAUUCCUGGUUCGGCGGACCCUUCUCCUGCUGGGGCCUCCACUCCCAGACCCUCUGUGCGCUCCUGGGAUUUCUUCUCUACCUGCUGCUUCUGGAAAAGGGAUGCAUGUCCUGUUCACAGCGAAGGUACUCCCUGCAGCCCAUCCCAGAGAGGAGGAUUCCAAACCGAUACUUAGGCCAGCCCAGCCCCUUUACACACCCACACCUCCUCAGACCAGGGGAGGUGACGCCAGGACUGUCCCAGGUGGAAUAUGCACUUCGCAGACACAAACUGAUGUCCCUGAUCCACAAGGACGUGCAAGGGCAGAGUGGAACAGACCAGACCGUGGUUCUGCUGUCGAACCCUACGUAUUAUAUGAGCAACGAUAUCCCCUAUACUUUCCACCAAGACAACAAUUUCCUGUACUUGUGUGGAUUCCAAGAACCUGAUAGCAUCCUGGUCCUUCAGAGCCUCCCUGGCAAGCAGUUACCAGCACACAAAGCCAUGCUCUUUGUGCCUCGAAGAGACCCCAGUCGAGAACUGUGGGAUGGCCCCCGAUCUGGCACGGAUGGAGCAGUAGCUCUGACUGGAGUGGACGAAGCUUAUACACUGGAGGAAUUUCAACAUCUGGUACCGAAACUGAAAGCUGAGACCCAUACUCUGUGGUAUGACUGGACGAGGCCCUCACACACGCAGCUCCACUGUGACUACAUGCAGCAGCUGGCAGAGGUCAAAGCCAAGAGCAAGAACAAAGUUCGGGCUGUGCAGCCGCUGGUCCAGCGCCUCAGGCUGAUCAAAUCUCCUGCAGAAAUAGAACGAAUGCAGAUUGCUGGGAAGCUGACCUCACAGGCUUUCAUCGAGACCAUGUUUGCCGGCAAAGCCCCUGUGGAGGAAGGCUUUCUUUAUGCUAAGUUUGAAUUUGAGUGCCGGGCUCGUGGUGCAGACAUCUUAGCCUACCCACCUGUGGUGGCUGGAGGGAAUCGGGCAAACACUUUGCACUAUGUGAAGAACAAUCAACUCAUCAAGGAUGGGGAAAUGGUGCUGCUGGACGGAGGUUGUGAGUCUUCUUGCUAUGUGAGCGACAUCACUCGUACCUGGCCUGUCAACGGCAGAUUCACGGCACCUCAGGCAGAACUCUAUGAAGCUGUUCUGGAAGUCCAGAAAGAUUGUCUGACCCUCUGCUCCCCUGGAACAAGCUUAGAAAACAUCUACAGCAUGAUGCUGACACUGAUAGGACAGAAACUUAAAGAGCUGGGAAUCAUGAAGAACAUUAAGGAAAAUAAUGCCUUCAAGGCUGCUCGAAAAUACUGCCCGCAUCACGUUGGCCAUUACCUCGGGAUGGAUGUCCAUGACACCCCAGACAUGCCCCGCUCCCUCCCUCUGCAGCCUGGUAUGGUGAUCACAGUGGAGCCAGGUAUUUAUAUUCCGGAAGAUGACAGAGAUGCCCCCGAGAGGUUUCGCGGUCUUGGUGUUCGAAUUGAGGAUGAUGUGGUGGUGACUGAGGACUCACCUCUCAUCCUCUCUGCAGAUUGUCCCAAAGAGAUGAAUGACAUCGAACAGAUAUGCAGUAGGGCCUCUUGACCCUCGUUGCAGCCCACACGCAUCUCAGGUUCCGGAGGGGUGGACGCUGCCAUCUGUGGACAUGUGCUUUCUGGGGGUCUCUCUGUGUAUAUUUAUACACGCGUUCCACUGGGGAGAGCAGCUGUAUGACUUUGUAAUUGUGUGUGUUAUCUUUUUUGUUUUCUGUACCUAAAAAUCCAGAAAG